AUGAUUUGUCGUCUUACCGGUAAGAAACAACUGCCAGAAAAAGUGUUCCGAGUAGAAGCCAGAGAAGUUGCUAGUCGUGCCCCAAGAGUUUUCAACCAUAAGCUACAACAUUACCGACAAGUUACAUGUUUCAAUUGCGGCACAAAAGGACACGUUGCUACUUCUGCUGAAUGCAAGGCCCGCAAUCAGAUAUGUCGCCGAUGUAACAAACUAGGUCAUUUCGAGGCAGUUUGCCGAAAACGACCAGCAUCUAAAUUCAAACCCUCAAGCUACGGUUCGAAGACAAGCAAAGUCCGCUUUGUUGAACAUGCUGAACGGGAUGAAACCGUACAACCUGUUAUAAACCCGUCUCAGGACCAGGUUUCGGAAUCAACUUACAAAUCAUAUUAUUGCUUUCAUUUCGGGAAUGAGUCGAAUGUUCUUGUCUGUGCAGUUGGUGGUGUUCAGCUGGAGAUGCUGGUGGACUCCGGAUCGGACGUCAAUUUAAUCCAUUCGUCAGCGUGGGAAAAGCUUAAGCAGCAAGGGAUCAAGGUCCAGCAAAUGCAAAAAGGAUGUUGUGAAGUGAUCAAAGGAUAUGGAAGUAACGUACCAUUGCGUAUUUUGGGAUCAUUCUCGACUGAUAUCGAAAUUCAUCGGAAACGUGAAUUAGCUAAAUUCUUUGUUGUGGAUGAAGGUCAACGCUGCAUCUUGGGAGAUGCUACGGCGCUUGGAGUAUUAAAAAUUGGAGCUGAAGUAAACCAGUUGGGUAAUGCUGAGCCGAAUGUUCCUUUCGGUAAAAUCAGAGAUGUACAGGUUCAAAUCCACAUGGAUUCUUCGUUCAAACCAGUGUUCCAGCCAGUGCGCCGCGUUCCGCUUCCCUACGAAUCUGCUUUUCUGUCCGCCCGAUUACAACAACUGACGCCGAGGAUGGCUACUUCGCGGACAAGUGCGGAUGCGGAUGCCGCAGUUAGUGUGAUUCCAGCUGGAAUGCAGUCGACAUUUACAAUCGAACCAUUCGAUCGGCAUAAAAUGAAGUGGUCGCGUUGGGUAGAGCGACUGGAAGGUGCAUUUCUUUUGUUCGGAGUUGGCGCUAAUGCUAAGCUUCCGAUGCUGCUCCACUAUAUGGGUGGAGAGACGUACGAUACCGUGUCGGAUAAGAUAGCACCUGUGAAACCGCGAACGAAAACCUACGACGAGAUAGUGCAACUGCUGGAAAACCAUUUCAAUCCGGAGCCAUUAGAAAUUUUAGAAAACUUUCGGUUCAAGUGCCGUAAACAAGGCGAUGAACGUGCCGAGGAAUCAAUCGAUGAUUACCUCAUUGCUUUGCGAAAGUUGGCUAUUACGUGUAAUUUCGGACAAUACUUAAAUACGGCUUUACGGAAUCAGUUUGUGUUCGGGUUGAAGGACUGCAAAAUACAGUCGCGUUUGUUGGUAGUGCGUGGACUAACUCUCGAACGGGCUCACGAAAUUGCAGUGUCGAUGGAGUUAUCGGUAAAAGGUGGUCAAGAAAUUCACUCACGGCAGAGUAGACCUGAAUUAAAUUUGGUUGAGCACCCGGCAACAAAACAUGCUAAGUACAGAGCAAAAAAAGCGAAUACAGCAAGUAAGGUUAUGGCGAAACCUGAUUCGAAUAAAAAGGCCUGUUAUCGAUGCGGCGGUGCGGAGCAUUUAGCUAACAAGUGUCCGUACAUAAAGUCGGCUUGUCAUUUCUGUAAAAUGACGGGACAUAUACAGAAAGUGUGCUUGAAAAAGAAAGGUGACAGGAAAAGUGAUGCUAACCAAAUGGAAGAGAGUGACGUACAUAACACUGCAGUUACUACGGAAGAAAUCUGUGGUGUUGAUAGUGCGAUCGAUUUUAAAAGUAAAGCUGAUAAAUUUUGGCUGAAGCUGAACGUGAAUAAAAUGCAGGUGAAUUUUGAAAUCGAUAGUGGCUCUCCAGUUGCUAUCAUGAGUGCUCCCGAUAAAGAAAAGUACUUUCCGUCUACGAAAUUGCUACCGCCCGAUUUGGAAUUAGUGAGCUACAGUGGAAACUCGAUCCAAAUUUGCGGUAUGUGCCUAGUUACUGUUCGAUAUCGUGGUGCAGACUACCAGCUUUCGUUGUACGUUGCAGAGAAUAAAAAGCAUCCCUUGCUGGGAAGAAGCUGGAUGAAAGUGCUGAAAAUCGAUUUGGGUCAAUGUUACGAAGAUGUGUAUACGAUUUCGGCUAGCUCAACGACGAGUGCUAGUGAAGCGGUAAAAAGAUUAUUGGCGAGAUACGACAACGUGUGUGAUAAGUCCAUGGGGAAAAUUAACGGACUUGCGGCUAAAUUGCAAUUAAAGCCAAAUGUGCGUCCGGUAUACAUGAAGGCAAGGCCGGUACCGUUUUCUAUACGUAAUGCAGUCGAAAGUGAGAUCAACAAUUUGCUAGAAAAUGGAGUGCUCGUUAAAGUUAAUCACAGUGCGUGGGCGACACCGGUAGUCCCAGUAAUGAAGCUUAACAAUAAAGUGCGUCUUUGUGGUGAUUACAAACUAACGGUAAAUCCCAAUAUUGUGGUCGAUGACCAUCCCCUGCCCACCGUCGAAGAACUGUUUGCUAAUGUGGCAGGAGGUGAGAAGUUUUCGAAAAUUGAUCUUUCGCAGGCGUAUUUGCAGUUGGAGGUUGAUUCAGAAUUUCAAGAAAUUCUUACGUUGAGUACGCAUAUGGGGUUGUACAGGCCUACACGAUUGAUGUAUGGAGUGAGUUCGGCACCUGCGAUUUGGCAACGGCUAAUUGAGGAGGUGUUGAACGGCAUACCUGGCGUUACGGUGUUUCUGGACGACAUUCGAAUUACAGGACCAAAUGAUGAGGUUCACUUGCAGCGUCUGGAAGAAGUGCUUAAACGGUUAAGCAAAUACAACAUGCGAAUCAACCUGAGUAAGUGCCAAUUCUUUUCUGAUAAAAUCGAAUAUUGCGGUUACCAAAUAGACCGGAAUGGUAUCCAUAAAGUGCGCAAAAAGAUCGACGCAAUACAAGAUAUGCCCGUGCCCCAGAACAAAGAACAGGUUCGUUCGUUUGUGGGACUCGUUAAUUACUACGGUCGAUUCUUUCCACAUUUGAGUACCGCAAUAUACCCGCUAAACAGAUUGCUACGAAAUGACGUGCCAUUUCAAUGGACGAAGCAGUGUGAGCAAGCAUUCAGAAAGGUGAAAGAAGAGAUGCAGUCUGAUCGGUUUUUAGUUCAUUACAAUCCGAAGUUACCGUUAGUACUAGCUACGGAUGCAUCACCAGUAGGGGUUGGUGCUGUGCUAAGUCACGUUUUCCCAGAUGGCUCUGAACGACCGAUCCAGUAUGCGUCACAAACCUUGAAUGAGACUCAGCGGAAAUACAAGCAGGUAGAUCGUGAGGCGUAUGCCAUGGUGUUCGGUAUUAGGAAGUUUUACCAAUACUUGUAUGGGAGGAAAUUUACAAUGAUUACGGAUAAUCAGGCUGUGAAGCAAAUUUUCUCGGAAACUAAGGGUCUACCAACAAUGUCCGCGCUACGAAUGCAACAUUACGCAAUAUUUCUUCAAUCGUUCGAGUAUACAAUUAAAUUUCGUCCAACGAGUGAACAUUACAACGCUGAUGCUUUUUCCCGUUUGCCAACACGCCAGUGUACGCCCGAAAACGUUGUCGAAGAGGUUGAUUUAUUGGAAGUCAGUAUCAUUGAGACCCUACCGUUGACUGUGGAGAAUCUUGCGAAAUCUACAGCUGCUGAUGCUACUGUGAACGUACUGGUACAAGGUCUAAAGAAUGGGAAGGUGGUCGAUGCUAAAUCUCGAUUUGGGAUUGAUCAAAGUGAGUUUUCGCUGCAACAAGGAUGCUUCAUGCGAGGAAUUCGUGUUUACGUUCCACCUGAUCUACGACAGAAAGUGUUAGCUGAGUUACAUUCAACACAUUUCGGGACUUCGCGCCUUAAGUCGUUAGCCAGAGAGUACGUCUGGUGGGAGCAGAUCGACAAAAGUAUUGAAGAACUGGUAAAGAAUUGUUCUGCUUGUCAACUUACGCGUCCAAAUCCUGUAAAAGUACCGACGCAUUGCUGGGAGAGGCCGAAGCAACCAUUCGAACGUGUACACGUGGACUUUGCUGGUCCAUUUAUGGGUCACUACUUCAUUGUAUUUGUUGAUGCGUUUACGAAGUGGCCUGAGGUGAAAAUGUUACGUGACAUCACGACCAAUACAACCAUUUUUGCCUGCAGAGAAUUUUUCGCAACCUAUGGAAUACCAUCAGUGUUGGUUUCUGAUCACGGUGUACAGUUUACAGCAGCAGAAUUCCAAAGGUUUUUGAAACUGAACGGUGUGUACCACAAAAUGGGUGCGCCGUACCACCCCGCGACCAACGGACAGGCGGAGCGUUUCAUACAGACGUUUAAGUCAAAAAUGAAGGCGAUGAACUGCGAUAAGUCGAAAAUGCAUAUGGAACUUUGCAAUAUUCUUCUUAGUUACCGUAAAACUAUACACCCUGCUACAGGAAAAUCUCCAUCCAUGAUGCUUUUUAACCGACAGAUUCGAUCACGACUUGACUUGAUGAUACCAGUUCCUGAUAUGACUACAAAUAAUACAGAAAUGAAGGUCAAAACUUUGUGUGAGGGAGUGAGAGUUGCUGCUCGUGACUACAUGGGAAAAGACAAAUGGAAAUAUGGAUUCGUCGCGGAAAAGCUCGGAAAACUACACUACAGCGUUCAGUUGGACGAUGGUCGAGUAUGGAAACGCCAUAUAGAUCAGUUGCGAGAAGUUGGAGCAAAUUUAGAAACUGUGCGACAAACUCCGAUUAACGUUGAAUUCGAACCGAACGUUAGUUCAGCGUUUCCGCGCGUUUCAGCAGAAUUUGCAGUGAGAACUGAGGAAACCGUUGAACCGUCACCAGCGCCACCUACCAGUUACAUCCGCAGUACCAGCAGACCUUCCACGGCGAUCUACGAGAACCAUUAA